CGUUUCGAGAAAACAAGCCCGUAGCUGGCAGUAUAAACGCAACAGCCUUAGCCACAACACGGCUGCUAAAAAAAAACAAAAACAACAUUCAAAAAUCGAACGCUUUAUAGUCAUUUUUAAACAAGAUCCCGACCAAAGAGGACGCGUUUUACAGUUGUAUUUUUUAAUAAAAUUGAAUUCAGUGGAGUUUUUUUAAUUUUAGUUCUAGUUAUUUGUUGAGUGAAAGUGAUUUCUUAUUGAAAAGUGAAAGGCGUUGUGGCAGCUAAAAUCUUCUACAAAGGCGUCGAGACAACCCACGCUAUGUCAUUCUACCGCACUUUGGCGCCAUGUCAACGGUGAACCAUGACGCACCAUGGCAUUACCAUAGACAAAGAGACCUCGAGCGGCGCGCGCGCAGCCUGACGGGUGGGACAAGAUGGCGGCUCGGGUGGUUGGUGCCUCUCGUCGUUUUGAAUUUUGUGGCCACUGUUCGGGGUGAAUCACUGACAAGUCGCAUGCUAGCCUCCAUCCUCGGCUACCCCAGUACUUGCAGCCUAGGAUCAGAGGUCCGGCCAUGCACCCUGACACUCUCGUGCUGGCUCCGAGGAGGGACGAGGGUGAGGGGGUGUGGCGGCAGCUGGCUGUUCUCAUGCUGCGUGCCUCCUGAGGCUAGCAGGAAUGAUGGGAUGGAUAACAGCAUACCAUCAUCAGAAUGGAAGUACAAGGUGGUGCCGCCGAAGCUGCGUCAAGUGCCACAGCGCAGCGUGGUGCCAGCCAACGUGUUCCGACGGAGAGCUGAUGAUGAAGUGGCACAGGUAGACUGUGGCCUGUCUUCCACGCAAAUGAUACAGAAGAGGAUCAUCGGAGGCAGGGAGGCGAGGUUCGCGGAGUUCCCCUGGCAAGCACACGUCAGGAUAUCGGAGUUCCAAUGUGGAGGUGUUCUGGUAUCUCGUUGGUACGUGGCGACGGCGGCUCACUGCGUGUCCCGCGCGCGGCCGCGGGACAUCGCCGUGUGGCUGGGGGCUCUGGAUACCAGCGCUGGUGCCAGUACUGCUAGGAAACUGGGGGUCGUCCAAAAAAUCUUGCACCCUCUAUUCCAAUUUCGUAUGACGCAACCGGAUCGUUACGACAUCGCCUUACUGAAGCUGUCCCGACCCAUCACCUAUACUACUCAUAUCCUGCCGAUCUGCCUGCCGGAGAGAGACAUGGAGUUAAGGGGAAGGGCCGGGGUGAUCGCUGGGUGGGGGAAGACUGAUGCCAGUACUGGACAUACGGGGACAAAUAUGUUGAGGUCCGCUACUGUGCCUAUACUUAGCAAAGAGCAGUGUAUAAACUGGCACAGGAGUAAGCAGAUCUCAGUGGAGAUACACUCCGAGAUGAUCUGCGCAGGACAUUCCGAUGGACACCAGGAUGCUUGCUUAGGAGACUCCGGCGGCCCCCUCAUAGUAUCAGACAACGGUCGCUACUACCUAGUGGGGAUCACAUCAGCCGGCUUCGGCUGCGGAGUGGACCAUCAGCCGGGCAUCUACCACAACGUGAAGGUCACCAGCACCUGGAUCCGCGCCGUCGUGGCUGAACAUAUCAACUAUAUUGACUUUUAGACUGGAUUUAUAGAGCUUAUGAUUUCUUGGACUUGACUUUAAACUCUCAAAUGUUUUACUUAACACAAAUAGACUUUUGAGUAUUUUUUACUUUGAAAGAGACCUUUUUGUGGUCUGCUGAUUGGGGUCUAAAAGCUGUAUGUAUCAAGGCUUGUAUUAUCUAUUUUAAGAGGUACUAGUACGAUUUAUUCUAAUAAAAGAGGUACCACAAGAUGAUAUUGAAAAAGGACAAAUCGAUAAACAAACAGUACAAAAUAUUAGUGAUGGAGAAAACUUUUGUUUCAGAAGAGCUAAAACAAAGCUUAAAACCCAGGCUAUAAAAGAUAGUCAUAGAAUUUUUGACUGUAAUCGAAUUUAACAGCCUUUUCACAAUGGCGGAUUUUCACCACUAGUUGUCCAUUUUUGUACGAACCGGGCGAGGUAACUUGGUUUCUUCCCUGGGAAAAUACGCCAGUCUGAAAAGGCUCUAAAUUAUGGUGAAGACGCGAUUUACAUUGAAAUUACAGUGUAGGUAUACUGCUUUGCACGUUUGAAUAAUAUUAUUUAUUUUUUUGUUGGAAUGCUAAAAAAAUGCAAAGUAAUAUAGCUACAUUGUUAUAGAUUUUAUAAAGGAAUAAGUACAUCAUUGAAAUCUGUAAAAUACUCUCAUGUAAAUGUUUAUGACUGUAUAUUUAAUACUUGUAUCUUAAGUUAGCGAUCGAGCUUGAUCUAAUCGAGUCUAGGGCCCAACGUGAUUGCAAGGCAGUGUAUCUACACAAGUGAGGGUGCAUCCUACAUGGGCGAAUCAAAGCGAACGCGAUGCGAAGCGAAUUGAAAUCACAAUCAGAAGAAAUCGAUUGUCUUUUGUUUUCGUGUGGCGCCGCGUCGCUUCGCGUUGGCGUCCAUAUCGCUCACGUAGGACGCUCCAAUUGUUACUCUGCCUGGCAAACAACUCAUAUGGCCCAAGAUCGCGCUGUGAAUAUACCUGACUUGCCAUUUCCAAUCUCAUUUAAAAUUCAUAAUCUCCUGAUUUGAUCUCCCUUAAAAUAUUAAUUAUUUAUUUAUUUAAUAGAGGUUAAGUGAUGUGCAAUCGUUUAAAAAAUGUUAA